AUGGCAUCCGGCGAGGCUUGCCCUCCAAGGCUCGAGCCGACGCUCUCCUUCACCCAAGGCCUGGUCGUUGGGCAACUCUCCGUCGUGCUCAUUCUGGCAGCUUUCAUCAAGUUUUUCAUCUUCGGCGACCCCCCUUCUUCAGACGUCACAGCAUCGCUCAGGGCCACGGAGCGGAGGGCUAGGACGCUCGCCCACAAACAGUCGCUGCUGACACUGCGGUCCCCUGGCCAGCGCCAUGUCUCCCAGAGCCAAACCCUUGGCCGCAAGAGGUCGACGGUCCUCCGGAAUCCGCCGGCAUUGACAAUCGGCUCCAUUCUCAGCAAGACAUACUACAAUGUAGACGGCCACCAGCCCGAGAGUCUGGAUUGGUUCAACGUCCUGGUGGCCCAGACCAUUGCCCAGUUCCGCAGCGAUGCUCAGCAUGACGACGCAAUCCUCGACUCUCUAACCAAGGCUCUGAAUGGCACUUCGCGGCCCGAUUUUGUGGACGAUAUCCGCGUGACUGAACUCAGCCUUGGCGAGGACUUUCCCAUCUUCAGCAACUGUCGCGUCAUCCCAGUUGAUGAGGACGGCCUGACACUGGGCAAUGGAGUCCGGUUCGAUGCCGCGAGCGCCGCGAGGGACGGCACAAGGCUUCAAGCACGAAUGGAUGUCGAUCUCAGCGACAUGCUUACCCUUGCUGUUGAAACGAAGCUUCUCCUCAACUAUCCGAAAAAGCUGUCCGCGGUUCUACCCGUCGCACUCGCUGUUUCCGUGGUGCGAUUCAGCGGCACGCUAUCAAUCUCCUUCAUACCCAGCAACCCAUCUCAAUCCACGCCGACAAUGAUGACCUUCAGCUUCCUUGACGACUACCGCUUAGACUUCUCCAUUCGCAGUCUCCUGGGAAGCCGCUCUAGGCUACAGGACGUGCCCAAGAUUGCGCAGCUCGUCGAGGCACGCCUCCACCGGUGGUUUGAUGAGCGUGCCGUUGAGCCUCGAUUCCAAGAGAUUGCUCUGCCCAGUCUUUGGCCGAGAAAGAAGAACACACGAGGCCCCGAUGAUGCCAUGGCUGACGUUGGGAGCGGGUCUGUCGGACGGUCAAGGGGCAAAGAUCUUGGCCGUGACACGCGCGACGGGACACGACUGAGAGAACCCGACAGUGCAGAGGAAGCGAGCGACAUGACCCCGCCGGUCAGACACCGAAGGCCGCAAGGGCCAAGGGAAGACGAUGACUUUCCAAUGCCGGGGUCCCUCCCAGGCAUACAGUUGCGAUGA